CUAAAUGAAGAAGAUGAUCUCAUGGAUUUGCCACCGGGUUUUAGAUUUCAUCCCACUGAUGAAGAGAUCAUAACUCACUAUUUAACUAAAAAAGUGGUGGACAAGAAUUUCGGUGCUAUAGCUAUUGCAGAAGUCGAUAUGAACAAGUGCGAACCCUGGGAUUUACCAAAGAAAGCUAAGAUGGGAGAAAAAGAACACUUCUUCUUCUGCCAGAGGGAUAGGAAGUACCCAACAGGGAUGAGAACUAAUAGAGCAACAGGAUCAGGUUAUUGGAAGGCUACUGGAAAAGAUAAGGAGAUCUACAAGGGAAAAGGUUGCCUUGUUGGAAUGAAGAAGACCCUUGUUUUCUACAGAGGAAGAGCUCCUAAAGGGGAAAAGACUAAUUGGGUCAUGCAUGAAUAUAGACUUGAAGGCAGAUUUUCUUAUUACAACUUCCCUAAAGGAGCAAAGGAUGAGUGGGUUGUGUGUAGAGUAUUUCACAAGAAUGUAGGAAUCAGAAGAAGUCCAUUGAGAGAUCUUACAAGGGCUGAUUCUUUUCUGGAUCAUCUUCUUGAUAGCCCUUCAUCACUCCCACCAUUAAUGGACAUCCCGAACUCCAGUAAUAGACCUGGUAUUUCAAGCUUUUCGCACGAGGAAGAUCAAGAAUUCAAAGGUGCAACAACUUCUUCAGGAAAAUCAUCAGAUCAUGGAACCCUUCCCUCCUACUUUUCCACAAACUUGAAUAAUUCUACGUUACAAAUGCAACAAGACCUUAACACCUUCCUAAUGCCCUCCUACAACUAUGCUUUCAAAACUUCCUAUGAAGCUGGUUCUAGUAACCAUGAUCCAAGCUCCUUUUUCUGCCCCCCAAUUUCAGUUCCUGCUGCAAACUUUCACGGUUACCAGAAUGAAAGCUACUCGUCAUUCUCAGGCUUCAAAGCUACUCCUGAUCAUCAAGCUAAUUCCAGUACUCUUUCGGCGCCAAACCAGCAAGGAAUUUCGGACCCCGGGAAGCAGUGCAAAAUGGAACAAUUCUCCUCUACCAACUCCAUGGUCAGCCCUUCGCAAGAUACUGGAAUUAGUAAUGAUAUGGCACCUGAAAUAUCAUCUGUUGUAUCCAAGAUAAAUGUCGAAAGUGACAAGUGCAUGAAAGAUCUUGAAGGCAUCUCAGUUGAUCCCAAUAUGUCUGACUUGGAUUCCUUGUGGAAUAUUACUGAUUUCACUACUGAAGAAUAAUUAAUCAUCGGCAUAACAGAAAGUGCAGAUUGCAGACUGUUUAUUUUAAUCAAUCUGCAACUGUAAUUGAUUAGUCUGAUCUUCUCUUCCACUGGUAGUAACGAUAGUUAGUUCAAAAAGUUAUGGUCCAUGACGGUUUGAAUUGGAGUAACACGUAGUCUUGUACAGAUUUGUUAUUUUUAGGACAUCUUAGACAGCAUUUUAGUUCAUUGAUGAUAGAUUACUUCUUGAAAAUCCUCUUGAAGAGAUAUCUCUGUUGUACAUUUCUGCUAUUCUUUGA